AUGGCGUCGGUGGCGGCGCGGCCCGCGGCCGUGUUCGGCUGCCGACCCGGCGUGUCCGGCGGCGUCUGCUUCCUGCAGGAGCGGCUGGUGCUGCACGCGGCGGGUGCGGCCCUCGCGCAGUUCCACACCGAGCAGAGAUGGCACAAGUUCAUCCCAGGCCGCGAGAAGAGCCGGGGCGUGCGGGCGCUGGCCGUCAGCCGCAGCCGGCGGUACCUGGCCGUUUCCGAGACGGCGGAGGAGGAGCCGGCUCUGACGGUGUACGAGCUGACGGAGGGGCCGCCACGGCUGCGGAGGACGCUGACCGCCGCCGAGCUGCCGGCGCGAGAGGCGCUGGCCUUGGCCUUCUCCCCCGACGGCCGGCAUCUGGCCGCGGCCACCGGCCCUCCCGAGCCGCGCCUCGUCCUGUGGCUGUGGGAGAAGCAGCGGCUGCUGGCCGCGGUGCGCCUCGAGGCCGCCGGAGGCGGUGUCUGCCAGGUGAGCUUUAGUCCUCAAGACAAUGCACAGAUUUGUGUUACUGGAAAUGGCUUUUUUAAACUAUUUAAAUACAGUGAAGGAACUUUGAAGCAGACAAAUUUACAAAAGGGAGAGCCACAAAACUACCUGUGCCAUGCUUGGCUGUCUGAGGAGGAAAUUAUAUGUGGCACUGCCACAGGCAAACUUUUCCUCUUUGAAACUGGAGAGCUGCUCUGGCAGAGAGAUGUAGAAUACAGAAAACCACCCAAGGAACUGGAAGAAGGUACACGAGCAAAGCAUUAUGAGAGACUUUAUACAUUUCUUGCUUGCAGUUGUUCUGAUGUCUCUGGUGAACCAACCUCUGAAGACAGUGGUUCAUUACAGGAUUCUCUGCCUCAAAUAUCUGCAGUUGUAGCUUAUUCCAAAGGCUUUGCAUGUUCAUCUAGCCCAGGAGUGGUUCUUCUGUUUGAGAAGACCAACGAGAAGGAAGUCUACAAGGAGAGUCAAGAAAUCUGGCUUCCUCAGGACCUGUUCACCACUGUGCCAAAGCUGUUGGGCAGACAGGACAUUACAUGCAUAUGCUUCAGCCCCUCUGAGGAAGCCAUAGUUGUUAGCACAACUAAAAAUCAGCUUUACAUGUUUACUAUGCCCUCCACAGAUUAUUUGAAGGAAGAAUCAAGUCAUUUUGAAUAUCUACAUUUCCCAUUACAUUCUGCUUCAAUCACGGGUCUGGACGUCUGUAUUCGAAGACCCAUUGUUGCCACUUGUUCCCUGGACAAAUCUGUUCGUGUCUGGAAUUACAAGACAAACACUUUGGAGCUGUACAAGGAGUUCUGGGAGGAGGCAUACACAGUAGCACUUCACCCCACUGGCCUUUUCUGUUUGGUUGGGUUUCCUGACAAACUACGAUUUAUAAGUGUGCUAUAUGAGGACAUGCAUGUUUUCAAGGAUUUUCCUGUGAGAGAGUGUAGAGAGUGCUCAUUCAGUAAUGGAGGCCAUCUUUUUGCUGCAGUUAAUGGAAAUGUGAUUCAAAUUUAUUCCUGUACCACCUUUGAGAAUACUAAUAAUUUAAAAGGACAUAGCGGGAAGAUAUGUGCAGUUAAAUGGAGUGCAGAUGAUUCAAAAUGUUUCUCCUGUGACACACACGGUGCUGUGUAUGAGUGGAACUUAUCAACAGGUAAAAGGGAGAUGGAGUGCGUGCUCACAUCCUGCAUCUACAGCAGCAUUGCCCUGCAUUCUGAUUCCAAAGUCAUCUUUGCUGUUGGAUCAGACCAAACUCUCAAAGAAAUUUCCGAGUCUUCGGUCCAGCAUGAAGUGCCUGCUGUUGAUGCUGUUUACACUGCAGUAGCUGUUUCUCAUUCUGGUGACAUGGUAUUUGUCGGUACAUCUCUGGGAACAGUACGAGCUAUGAAGUACCCGUUACCUUUGUGCCAGGAUUUCAAUGAGUAUCAAGCCCACGCUGGUGCUGUUACAAAGAUGUCUGUAUCAAAUGAUGACCUCUUUUUGCUGACCGCCUCAGAGGAUGGCUCUAUAUUCUUCUGGAAAGUAUACAGUAAGAAGGGAAUGACACUGAAAAGGGAAAAGGAAUUUGAAUAUGCUGAGGAGGUGUUGAUCAUGAAAUCCGAUAUAGAGGAGAAGAAUCGGGCAAUGCUAGACCUGCAAAUUCGUGUGUCAGAGCUACAGACAGAAAACGAUUACCAGUUACGUCUCAAGGACAUGAGUUGUCGUGAAAAAAUAAAGGAAUUAGAAGAGACUUUCACUCAGGAGCUAGAAUCCCUUAAAAACAAACACCAGAUUUUACAGGCAGAGAAAGAUGAUCAGGAAAUGCAACACCAGCUUCAAGUAUCCGAGCUGAUGAAUAAACAUGCCAAGGAGAUGCGAGACCUAGAAUCUGACAGUAACCAGAAACUGUUGAUGGAAAAUGAGAAAUACCAGGAGCUGCAAGUAAACUCCCAAAGGAUGCAAGAGGAAUAUGAGAAACAACUGCAUAAUUUGCAGGAAAGCAAAAACAGGGCUCUAGAAGAGCUAACAGAUUAUUAUGAGGAGAAACUUAAUGAGAAAUCUCUUCUGUUGGAGGAGGCAGAGGAGGAUAUGAGGCAGCAGCUUCAAGCACACGAAGAAAUUAAGAAACAGAUUGAAGAAGAUGAAGACCGAGAAAUCCAGGAUAUCAAAAUUAAAUAUGAGAGACGGCUUGUAGAAGAAAAGGAAUCAAAUCUGCAACUGAAAGGAGAAAUAGGAGUCAUGAAUAAAAGGUUGAACAGCCUACAGAAGGAGCUCAAAGAGCGAAACAGUGACAUUGAGGACAUGAAACUGGAACAGCAGAAUCUGGAAGGUGUAAUUAAGUCGUUGGAGAAGGACAUCUCAAUGCUGAACACGAAUAUUGAAAAGAGAACUAACACUAUUCAGGAAAAGGAGAAGCAUAUAUAUGACCUAAAGAAGAAAAACCAGGAAUUGGAAAAGUUCAAGUUUGUACUGGAUCACAGAAUAGAGCAGUUUAGAAAGCAAAUAGAAUCACGUGAAAACGAUAUCAAAGUAAUGAAGGAGCAGAUCCACGAGAUGGAGAGGGAACUGGAACAACUCCACAGGGAGAACGCACAGUUGAAACUAAAUAUCACACAAUUGCAACAAAAAUUAAAAGCAACCAAUAAGGACUUGCACAAAGAGAGGCAGAAGAAGCAAAAUAUGGAAGCUCUCAUCAAACGAUUUAAAAUGGAUCUUCAUAAUUGUGUGGGCUUCAUUCAGGAUUAUAAAAAACUGAAGGUUGGGAUCCGUGAGCUCUACACCAAGUAUGUGCAGCAAUUGGAAAUGGUAGAGAUGGAAGAGGUAGACACAGAUUUGCAGCAGGAGUACAUGAGACAAAGAGAAUAUCUUGAGAGGAAUUUAGCAGCUCUAAAAAAGAGAGUGGUGAAGGAUCAGAAAAUCCACCAAGCUGCUUACACGCACAUCAUGCAGGAAAAUGUGAGUCUGAUUAGGGAAAUUAAUGACUUGAGACAAGAACUGACAGUGGCUCAUACCCAGGUACAUGACCUCCAGUCAGCACUAAGAUUAACUAAGAAGAAACAAGCAAUUCAAGACACGGCUCCUUCCAGUGAAAUGCUGUCAAGCCCAGCUGUACUAAGGUUGAAUGCGCAGAAGGAAAAUGAGAAAAUCAUAGAAAUGCAGCUGCUUGAAAUCCAGCAUCUACGAGACCAAAUUCAAGAAAAGGGGCAAGGCCUUGAAGCUCAGCCUCUGUUACAUAGAAUGUUUCCUAAGCUGAGUCUGGAAAGAAGCCACAAGGCACAUCAAUACUGACCUGGUUCAAGGACACCUUAUGUUGUUAUAUUCUCCUGGCAAGCUCAGAAAUCCAACAGCAUAGAUUAGACUUGCAUUAUCACUAGAAGUAUUCCUGUAGCACUCACUGCUCAGGACACAAGACACCAACCUUUCUUCCCUCCUUCUUUCCUGCCCUUUCCAUGAGUACUUACCUCUCACUUAAGAAUGCAUGUUCUGAAGUCUUUCUGCUGCCAGGGAGCCAGGUGAAAAAAAUAAAUACAUUUGUGUUAGAGUAAGAUUGACCUUUGUGCCUUCAUGCUUGGGCAGUUACACACCCCUGUCUUUAAAAAAUAAUGUGUCCUAGUUGAGAAUUGCUGGUCAACUCUGUAAGCUCUGUCUGCUAGAAUUCUAAUUUGGUGUCAUUGUGCUGCAAAAACAAUAUCAUCCUUCAUUUUUCCAGAACUGGCUUGCCUAUAUCCAUACAAAGGGCUGCCUGUACUUAAGACAGACGUCACUGCUAUUCCAAGGACGUAUCCAGUCACUGACUGAAAAUCAGUUACCUUGUGAAAGCAGUCUUUGGCUAGGGAUCGAGCAUUCCUAGCUGGAGCCAUGCUCAAGCCCCUGUCUCAUUUUGAGGGAUGUGUUGGUCCAUUACAAUCAUUUCAGCAAGACUCCAAAAUGUGCAAUAAAGUCCAAAUCUUACGUCAUAAUUCAUAUAUUAAUUAAAUAAAUUCAUCUUUGCUUUUUUUCCCAACAUCUGCAACCACUUCAGGACUCCUUUCUCUGAAAAUCAGGGAAAAAAGAAAGUCUUCCUUUUUGGGUCUCAGUGUAUGAUACAUAUCUGCCACACUGAGGAACACUGCACAUGUAUCAGAAGUUUGUAGCUACUUUAUGAGCAUGGAAACUAUAUGGUGUUGUAACAGCCAGUACGUUGCUGUUUCUGUUUCCUAUCCUGAAUCAUAGAGAAGUGACAAGUGCUUUCUAAAUAUUAAUGAUAAUAUUACACUGAAGAUCACAGUGUCAAGGCUGGAUAGCACAUAACUCUAGAGAUACUAGACUCUUUUCCACUAUGGUAAAACAGAUGGUUCCGUGAGCCCUCAUGACCCAGGAUGCUUUAGUUGCAUGCUUUGUCCUCGAAUGUGGAAAUAAAAUUUCUUUAGCCUUGCCUGUCUCAUUUUGAGCUUUAACUGCAUGAAGUGUAAGUUUGACAGGAACAAGUUCUGAUGGAAUUGGUCUAUUAAUGUGCUAGCUUAACACCCUUUCUGCCGCCCCCA